GCUGGGCACAGGUGGGCGGAGCUAGUGGGCGCACUGCUGGGCGGAAUUUGCGGCGGGUGGCACUGCUGGGCACCGAUCAUCAGGACACUGAUCAUCAGUGCCCUGAUGAUCGGUGCCGAUCCCCGCUCUGACAACUGCCGGUUCUCGGCAGUACUUUCCUCACGAUCUGACAGCUGCCGGUUCUCGGCUGCACUUUCCUCACGCUGUCAGAUCGUGAGGAAAGUACUGCCGAGAACCGGCAGUUGU